GCUCGCCACCAAAGUCUCCCAGCAUCCAACCGGAGAGCAGCGGCAAGCAAAGGCAGCAUGUGCAACGUGAUCACCAUCCCGUCGGUCGCCUGGCUGCGCCGCGCCGUGCGGCGGUGGCGCGGCUCCAGGUCCGCGGCGGUGCCGGCGGGGCACGUGGCGGUGUGCGCCGAGGGCGCACGGUUCGUGGUGCGGCUGGCGCACCUUGGCCAUCCAGCGUUCCUGGAGCUGCUCCGGCAGGCGGAGGAGGAGUACGGUUUCCCGGCCGGCGCCUCCGGCCCCGUCGCGCUGUCCUGCGACGAGCACCGCCUUCGCGACGUCCUCCGCCGCGUCUCGUCUUCUUCUGAGGAACGCCGCUCCUCCCGCCACCGUAACGGAGACUCGCGGCCGCUGCUGCAGGGGGUGGCCGGGGAGAAGGUCUUCUUGUGAGAAUCCACUAACCGCGCGCACCGCCGGCAGCACAACAGAUCGAAGCAACUGGUGACACGGUCUUCCGGCGUGACACGGGCAAAUGGCAAUGGCUAAGAAGACCGUGCAGGCGGCAGGCCAAAAGCAUCCAAUCAGUUGCCGAGUGUUCUUGAUCCCGUGCCCGGCGUAAUGUCGGCGGACAGGCAGAUGAA